CGCGUUUGCAAGUGUGUUGUAAGAGAGCUUGCGGGAAACACAAAACACAAUAUUUAAAACGUCGCGCCAAAGUCGGAAACGGUACGGUUACCAUACAGCCUACAGUAUAGUACGGUUCGGUUGUUUGUUCCGCCAGACAUGGAUUUUUUUGUACAGGAUUCUAUUUGAUUUAGGCUUCGUUCUUGAGUUCCGGGUAGCACAGGUAUAAACGAUCCUCCCCGCCUGGUUCAUGUCCUCGUAACCUUCCGGCCAUUUCCGGUCACCGAUUUUGGAAACCGUUCGUUCGUUCGUUCGUGUCAAAGAAAUAGUGUGUGCGUAAAUAUUCGUCGAGAAAUCUUACCGGAUUACCACCACACAAAGGUGUUACACCUGGCCGAAACAUUAUGAUUGGAGCAACAUCGCAGCGGGACGGUGGCUGCUUCUCAUUUCGGAAGCCAUCAGGCCGAUGUUAAUUAUUCGGUCGGCCCAAGCUUUCGCUUGGCUUCUGAGGGUAUCGAUCGACCUUCGUCCAGUGUUUUGGGGAGAUGGCAAAAUCCCCGAAUAAUCGAAAGUGAAAGUGCCUCGUUCCUGUGAGUUAUUAUCACUUUUUUUUGAGUAAAAAAGGUAAAGCUCUCCCAAAGAAGAAAAAAUUAAUGGAAAAAGUGCCCUCCUGAAAAAAAUUCAACCACUGAUGCAAAUGUGUACCGGCUUUGUUAGUAAUAAUUUAGGAAGCAACCAAAAAAAAAUUCAAAAGCUUCGGGGAUCAAGGUAAAAGUGGUCCUUCCUUCGGAAAUCAAAUUUGUGCCCCCAUCUCCCUUAAAUGAUUGUGGUACUAGAUGUCUCAACCUUACUAUAGCCAACCCAAAUCACAACCAUUUCCAUCGAUGUAGCGUCAUCGUUGUGUACAAAAAUAAUCAUCGUCACUAAACGUAUCCUAGAAUUAAACAAAACAUAAAACCCUAUUUUUAUAAGAGUGCUUUGGAGGAAAAGCUUUAAUCGCGGAUCUCGCUGCAGCAGACCAUCGUUCUGAGCCUUCUGCUGAUAUCCCAAAAGGAAAUUCGGUGGCAAUAGCUGCGUUCUCUGCGGUGGGUCACGAAUACCACACCAAUACUUAUUAGGACGUCUACGAAGAUGCACAUCUGUAAAUGCAUUAUCCUUAACGUGGAACUCUGGAAAAACGUCUCCAAAAUCUUAUGAUAAAACAGGAGGACCAAAUCAUCAACAACAACAAGGAGCUGAAACGAAAACAUCAGAUCCAACAAAAGUUACAAUAACACGGUGUUUAAGAAAAAUCUGAAUUUAAACAACACCGGAACCAGCAGUUCAAAAUUCAAAUCUUUUGGGUGAGAAGAAGACGCCAAAGGAGACAACGUCGUGAAGCGUCGCGGCGCCGUUCUCCCAAAGACAAGAAAAUCCUUUUAGAAGCAUAUCGCAUCUUUUUCGCAUUUUUCUACCGAAAUCCUUAAGGAAACAGGAAAGUUGCCGCCUAUUGCUGCUUCGCAGCCUGCAAGAUUUUUAAUUACGGAUGCUUAAGCUGAUGAGCAAAUGGGAAACAACAACACUAACUAGUUUAGUCAUCGUUAACUGGAAGAUAAAUAUUGCUGGAGCAAACCCAAAGUGUCAUUCCUAGUCGCCUAAAAGUUGAAAAUAAGUAGUAAUUACUAUUUAGAUUGUCGAUAGCAAAGUGAACUUAAUAAGUGGAAUCCUAGUGGAAUAUCUGUCUCGCCUUCUCGUCCUAGUGAGUAGUUUUCGAUCGACGUUUUUUUUUUCGAGGGAUAAAAAUCCCGGAAUCCUGAACGUAACACAGUGAAGAAUGUCAAUUACCAAAAGCCCGUAAGGACUGAUAGAGUUUCAAAACCGUAGAAGAGCUGAAAUAGGGAAUAAAUAUUUUAGUCACGCUGCGUUCCAGUAAUAAGAGAAGAGUUAAGUCAAUAUUCACCUUGUUGGCUUCCGGCUCUGGGAGAGAAGUGUUAAAUCGAAGGAAAAAAAUAUCCGAUUUUUCGUCAGUGUGUGGUUGCUAGAACGGGCAUUUGUGGAACCCGAAUGUGAGAGAAAAACUACUUUGGCACACAAUAAAACCGACAUGAGUAAGUCAAACUUUUUGCAGCUCUCGAUAACACCCGAGUAAGGUGGAAAACGUGAAAAGUUUCAACGUGAGCACUCCCACAUCCAGGGGAAAGUUCUCUGUGGGUUGUGUGAAAAAGUGAAUCAAACAAUCCCGUUCACCGACUCCGAAAGGUUAAAGUUUUGAGCCAAACAAACCAGAAAAACCGAAGCCAAACAAAAAUCAGAGCAGUAUGUCGCUGUUCUUCUUCCGGUUGCACAAUCUCCAGCGGGAGGAGGCCAACAAGAAGCGCAAGAAGGCCCAGCAGCAGCAACAGCAGCGGCAGAGGCAACGAAGGGGGGCCAAAGUCUUCCGGGCGCCGAGCAGCAACUCGAGCAGCGGUUUCAGCCACCUCACCCUCGGGCCCUCCCGCCUCUUCGAGAAAACGCCGAUGAGCCCCUCCGACAGUCUGGAUGAGAUCGCGCUGCAGAUCCCCAGAGUACGGGUAGAAUAUUAUGUAAAUGAAAAUACAUUCAAAGAAAGACUGCAACUAUAUUUUAUAAAAAAUCAAAGAUCAAGUUUAAGGAUACGUAUAGCUAAUUUACUGUUUAAGUUACUAACCUGCAUUUUGUACAUAAUACGAGUGAUAUCGGACUUAGAUCCAACGUAUGCAACUUGCUACGGCUGCAAGGUGUCGAACAAAACAGAGUUCCUGGACUCGGCCAAGUUGACCGAGGAGGAGUUCCAGGAGAACCCCAUCAUCAACUGGGACGCGAUCCUGUGGGUGAAUCGAUCAACGGAGCUUUGGGCGGUUCAGCUGGUCCUGGCGCUCAUCUCGCUCUCGGAGGCGCUGCUGAUAGCCUAUCUCGGAUAUAAGGGCAAUAUAUGGCAGCAAAUUUUAUCAUUUCAUUUUAUUUUGGAACUUGUUACAACGAUACCAUUCACGGUUACGAUUUUAUGGCCUCCGUUUCGAAAUCUUUUCAUUCCCAUUUUCCUCAACUGCUGGCUCGCGAAACGCUCGCUGGAGAAUAUGUUUAAUGAUCUCCACCGGGCGAUGCAAAAGUCACAGUCAGCGCUAUCCCAGCAGCUGACAAUCCUGUCGGCCACAUUGCUGUGUUUGGUGUUUACUAGUGUAUGUGGAAUUCAGCACUUCCAGCGAGCCGGCCAUCGGCAUCUGAACCUAUUUCAGAGCACCUACUACGUGGUCGUCACCUUCUCGACCGUCGGCUACGGUGACUUUGUGCCGGACAUUUGGCCCUCGCAGCUCUACAUGGUGAUCAUGAUCUGCGUGGCGCUAAUAGUGCUGCCUACACAGUUCGAACAGUUGGCCUUCACGUGGAUGGAGCGGCAGAAGCUGGGCGGUAGCUAUUCGUCCCACCGGGCCCAAAGCGAGAAGCACGUGGUCGUUUGCUCUACGACGCUUCACGCCGACACCAUCAUGGACUUCCUGAACGAGUUCUACGCCCAUCCGCUGCUUCAGGACUACUACGUGGUGCUGCUGAGCCCGAUGGAGCUGGACACGACGAUGCGGAUGAUACUGCAGGUUCCAAUCUGGGCUCAGCGGGUCAUCUACAUCCAGGGUUCCUGUCUGAAGGAUGGCGAUCUGGCCCGGGCCCGGAUGGCGGAAGCUGAGGCCUGCUUCAUCCUGGCGGCACGCAAUUACGCCGACAAGACGGCCGCCGACGAGCACACGAUAUUGCGUUCCUGGGCGGUCAAAGAUUUCGCCCCCAACAUCCCCCAGUAUGUGCAGAUCUUCAGGCCCGAGAACAAACUGCACGUCAAAUUUGCCGAGCACGUCGUCUGCGAGGAUGAGUUCAAAUACGCACUGCUGGCAAACAACUGUACGUGUCCUGGAGCGAGUACGCUGGUAACACUGCUGCUGCAUACCUCCAGGGGCCAGGAAGGUCAACAAUCGGCCGAAGAGUGGCACCGGCUGUACGGGAAAUGUUCCGGAAAUGAAAUCUACCACAUCGUGCUCGGCGACAGUCGAUUUUUCGGCGAGUACGAAGGAAAGAGCUUCACCUAUGCCAGUUUCCACUCGCACCGGAAAUACGGCGUUGCCUUAGUUGGUGUUCGACCGGCCGAGCUGCCCGAGUUCUACGAAGACACCAUUCUGCUGAACCCGGGCCCCCGACAUAUCAUGAAGAAGGACGAUACCUGUUACUACAUGAGCAUUACCAAGGAGGAAAAUUCUGCCUUCGUAGUGAACCAGAACCAAAACCAAAGUCCCGACCAACCUGUCAAAGAGGUUAUUGCAAACAACAACAACAACAACACCAUCGAUUGUACGACGACGACGGCUAGUAGCAAUCCGCAGAUGGCCCCAGUGCCUUCGGUCUGUGUCCGCGUGCCUCAUAGUCCGAGUCUGAACUCGGUCAACUCUGACAGUCCCGGGUCUCCGCGAUGCACUAGCAACUACAACAAUCCACCACAAUUCUCAUCAUUCCCACCACCACAACUGCAGCAAACACCACCUUCACCAUCUUCACAACCUCCAUCAUCACCACUACUACUUCUUCAGCCGGGCGUAUCCCUGGACAGUGACGUCACGACACUGGCCUUGCCCACGUACCCGGAAUCUGCGCUAAAUUCAGGAAGCACCGCUAACGCCAUCACGGUGUCCGAUUCCAAGACGAACCUGAAGGAGGCGGCGGCGGCUUCGACACCCGCGACGGCCACAACCCAAUCGACGCUGGGACCUCCGGCCAUCAGCACAGCCAACCAUCUGGAGAUUCCGAGCAACAACAACCCGAACCUGCUGAGUCCGGACAUCUUGAAUCAACGAAGGGGAAGCAGAAGACCAUCGAUCCUGCCGGUUCCGGAUAUGUUUACGUCCUCUUCGUUCAGUAUAUCCGGGGAGGACGGUGAGGAUAACGAAAGUGAUGACGAGCUGGACGACGACGUUCCCUGGCGGGCUCCGUCCGAGAAAAUUGCUGCCGAGUUUGGCAGUGCUGCCGAUCUUUCGCUGCUGCAAAUGUAUUCGCACGCCCUGAUGAGCCGCUCCUCGACCGGCGAUACCCGGGACUCUUCCGGCAACUCCAAUUCCACCAAAACCACCACCCACUCACCACCACCCCCUGCAUGGCAAACCGAUUGUACGCGAAUCGUCAAAGGUUUCCCUCCGGUUUCACCGUUCAUCGGAGUCAGCCCAACGCUCUGCUUCCUGCUGAAGGAAAAGAAACCACUCUGUUGCCUGCAACUUGCUCAAGUCUGUGAACACUGUAGUUACCGAAACGCCAAAGAAUACCAGUGGCAGAACAAAACCAUCAUCCUAGCGGCGGAUUACGCUUCCAAUGGCAUCUACAAUUUCAUCAUCCCGCUGCGGGCCCACUUCCGGUCGAAAACUUCGCUGAACCCGAUCAUCUUGUUGCUGGAGCGAAGACCGGACAUUGCUUUCCUGGAUGCCAUCUCGUACUUCCCACUGGUUUAUUGGAUGCUGGGCUCCAUAGACUGCCUAGACGAUCUGCUUCGGGCUGGGAUAACGCUGGCCGAAAAUGUCGUGGUUGUGAACAAAGAACUGUCCAAUUCGGCCGAAGAAGACACCCUCGCAGAUUGCAACACGAUCGUAGCCGUGCAAACGAUGUUCAAAUUCUUCCCAAGUAUCCGUAGCAUCACCGAAUUGUCGCAGAGUUCGAAUAUGAGGUUUAUGCAAUUUCGGGCUCACGACAAAUACGCGCUACAUUUGAGUAAGAUGGAAAAGGUAACUAGUCUUCCCGUUGAAGCACUAAUUGCGUCUGCACGAUCGAACACUUCUGUUGACACUUUUGAUGAUCUCCAACAGCGAGAGAAGGAGCGUGGGUCGCACAUUUCAUACAUGUUCCGACUGCCGUUUGCUGCCGGUAAUGUCUUCAGUGCCUCGAUGCUAGACACUCUGCUGUAUCAGGCAUUCGUCAAGGACUACGUCAUCACUUUCGUACGUCUGCUAUUGGGCAUUGAUCAGGCCCCCGGAAGUGGCUUCCUGACCUCGAUGAAAAUCACCAAGGAUGACAUGUGGAUCCGAACCUACGGACGACUGUAUCAGAAGCUCUGUUCGACGACCUGCGAGAUCCCGAUCGGCAUCUACCGGACUCAGGACACCAGCGGCUCGGAAGCGUCACAUGUGAGUAACUCACCCGUCGCCGAAAAAUGGCGUCCAUUUGGAUCUUUCGGGAUUAGACAUUGUGUGCGGUUGCGACCAACGCAGUACGAAGAAGAGGUGGUGACGACGACGGCCACCGCCAGCAGCACUUCCGCCUCCGGCCAACUGAACAAGGGCGUGGCGGAAGCGAAUCUGAGGGGCGUCACCUACAGGCCACCGGCGCAGUCGAUGCGCAAGUCCUCGUCCUGUCUCGGGGGAUGCACGGCACGCCGGGGAUCCAGCUACUCGAUCAAUAUGGCCGACGAAGCGCGAGACAAUCAUAUGCAACAAAUCGAACGGGCCGAAAUAGCCAAUCUGGUGCGAAGUCGCAUGGAAUCGCUGAACCUGCCGAGUAUCGACUACGACGACGUGAGCGAGAAGAGGAACCACCUGUCGUACGUCAUCAUCAACCCUUCCUGCGACUUGAAGCUGGAGGAGGGUGACAUCAUCUACCUGGUGCGCCCUUCGCCAUUCUCCGCCCAGAAAACGUUCGAACGGCACAACUCGCGCCGCAAGUCCAACAUAUCAUUUUGCUCCAACAUCAACCUGGCAGCGGCAGCGGCCGGUUCCCGACGUGGCUCGGGCAUCGGUCUGAACACCAUUGGUGGGCCUCAGCCGAUGUCAGGUUACGUAACGCCCCGUGCUCCACCGCUGGUCACAACAAAAUCGAAUUCUUUGUCUCUUCCAGAUAGUCCUAACGCAAUGGGACAGAUGAGGGGGCGAAGCAAUUCGCUCAGGAUCGACAGUGAUAUCUUGCUGCGGCGGUCCAACUCGUUGCGGCAGGGCCUCCCGAACAUUGGCCGGAGCGGCAGGCGGAAAUCAUCGCUGGAGGAGAUCGGCAUAAGCCACUUCGCGACGUUGAUGCAGGCGACGAAUCACAGCAACCCGAUCAAGAUUGCACUGAACGGCAGCAUCGGAUUGGAGGUAACACCUCCGGAAGAACCGCUCCCGGUGAUUGGCGUCCCGGUACCGACGAGUAGCGGUGGAGGAGUGAAUCCAUCGACCCUGGGAGCCUCCGGAACCCUCGGAGGUUCAACGCUUGGUCUCAGCACCAUUCAUGAUUCGCCGAACGGCAACAAUGGCCUCGGCGGGGGAGGAGGGCUGGUCGGUGGAUCCGUGUCUAACCUCUCGAGCAUGGAACGGAACGAUUCCGGAUCGUCCGGAUCGCAGCAUCCCCAACAUCUACAUGGAACGAUAGUAUGAUAUAACUUAAUGUGGGGCCGUAGGCUCCGCUCGGCGAUGCGGAAUAACAAGUGGAUAUAGAACCAGCCUCAAACCCGACGGGGCAGCAGGUUUUGACCAAGGGAUGAACCAGAGCAUCCAUCACUAGACGGGAACAACACCAACAGAUACUGACAGAUUCUUAUUUCGCCGAGCCGUGUGGGAGCCACCAAUUGACAGACUUAAGUCAACCAUCUCAUCUCAACAACAACGUUGUAGUUGAUUCUACUAGAUCCCCUUUAAUGAAUAGUGCCAUUUUUCGAAUCCAGAUUACGUUACCUUUACGUCACGCCAAAAUCUUAGCAUUUUAGACAAGUUAUAAAGUUCUCUCACAGUCAAAGUGAUGAAUCAUGCUGCACCGAGUCUAGUUAGAGACGUCACGGGUACAAAUCCAGUUUAGAACAAGGGUAGCAUCAACCUCUUGAAAGAAAAAAAAAUGAACACAUACACAAAUCUCAUCAAACUAAGGAAAAGUUAAUCGAAAGUUGCACCAACAAAAAACGAAUUCAAUAAAGUAGAGCAAACACAAGAAAACUAAAAACACUUGAAGAGAAAUCGACGCAAGGCGGUUUAAAAGGUGACAUUCAAUGAAUGUAGAUAUUAAACGAGUAAGCUACUGCAAACAACGGAACAUAACAGAAACAGAAACAUGACAAACCAACAUCCGGUUUGGGAGAACCCAAAUCGCUCACAGGUUGGAAGAAACAAUCGACUCAAUGUGGAUCAGUCUCCUUCAAAACACAGUUCGUCCCUCAGAAAAAUUCCUGGAACAAUUAGCAAAACCCUCUCGGUAGAAUUUCCCAACUGUUAGAAACAAAACUAAAUAGUAUAACCUAUAUUUGUAGCGUCGUUUACCCUAAUUGCUCCAUACUGUUGUACUGUACUGUAGAUUUCAAAACGUGACAGGAACAAGGCGAUGAUCUUGACGAAAAAAAAAGCAGACUCCCCUCAACGGGUGUUUCUAAACCUUGUGCCGGGGAGCAGUGAUAUUGCUGAAUGCAAAUUUUAGAGUUAGGAAAUAGGACUUUCAAUGAUAUCGGAGAAGGGUGACGGACGGAUGACGAAACGGUAGACUAGGUUUUAGGAGAAUGGUAGUGCGAUUUGAUUGUGGGGUGGUGCUUGAUUGCUUUUUUUUGUCGUUUUCCGAUUUGAAUUGAGGUGUUUUGUUUUCCAAAAACUCUUUUCCAAUAGUCAUUGUAGGUCAUUCAAAAAUCAACAGAUUUAAACUUUUUGAUUCCUCGGAUCAGAAGUUCAAGGAGAAGAUGAACUCUUAUAAAAAAAAAGUCUCAUUAAGGUACUGGUCUCGACGAAGGUUCAGUAGCGGUCUUCAGAAUUAUUACUACCAUAACGCAGCUUUUCAAAACGUUCCCUGGUAUAGCUAACGGUUGGAAAAUUGUUGCCUUCGAUCAUGACUAGUCUCUCCAUUGUCCAGUAGUGGUUCUGGACGGAAAUUUAUCGUGAACAAAUUAAUUACGAUGAUACUAUAAGAGAUACCAAGUUGGUGUUUUCAGCAAAAAUGUUUAUCAAACUAAGCGCUUUAGCAGUCUUAAAUCAAAUAUUAAAGCGUUUCAUUUUAGUAUGAUUUGCACAUAAAAUCUUUUUCCAGUGAACAGAUAGAGCCAAAUUGUCUUCUACAAAGUUGUAGCCAACAGUUUUUGAGGCAACAUUGCCACUACAGAUAUAUGACGAUUCGUAAGCUAGUUCAAAACUAAUUUUUGUGUUUGGACAAAAGAAUUCAUGAAGAUACCUUUUGGCCCAUGAAAUAUCCCAGCUGGGUUCCAACGAUUCAUGAAAAAGCACCGAUAGUCUCAGUAAAAACAUGUGUUUUCAAUUUUGCUAACCUUUUUUCGUUGAAAUUCUAUGCGUAAUUCGUCCUUGUGCCGUUAACAGUUACACGCGAACAAGUGAAAAGAUGAGUUUUCCCCUGGAAAACAUUUUUCCGCCACGAAAACUACCACUACAUUUUCCGAUUGCUGCGACACUUGUUUUUGAUUGGUUUGUUUAAAAAAAAACUAACACACACAUAUAGGAUCUCAGUGAAACUCCAUGUUUCUUUGAAGAGAUCUAAAUUCUACUUAAGACUAAAGCGUACACCUUUCAAGGGUUUAAUGGCUAGCAUCGUACUGAUGCUAACACCACCAGUCCACAGAAAGAGUACUAUGCCGUGACCGAGGCUCGAUCUCAUGACCUCUAGCUUAGAAGGCCUUUAAUGCUAUUCUGUAGGCCACGGUCGGCGGCGUUUUUGUUGUGAUUACGAAAGCAGUACGCUAAUCGGCAAGGUUAGUCUAUGCUAAGUUGUGUUAUCGUUGAGCGCUGCCAAAAUUUCUACUACGUGCUUGCAAAAACUUUUGGAAUUUGUUCCAAACACAAAGGAGAAAAAGCAGUGUGGAGAGUGUCAAUUGAUGAUUAACGACCUUGAGCCGAUCGAAUGUGGAUUUUGAGGCAAUUUUUCCACAUUAGCCAGCAGUUUUGUGGAUUCAAUAUCCGCCUCAAUAGGGAACUGUUUACGCAGGGUAAGGUGAUUUUUGUUUGUACUCCUUGUCGUACGGAGCUCAACGGCAGAAGGAUUCGUCAUUAUGUUGAUGACCUCUAUUGAUUGGAUGGUAAACCUCCGGCAAAAUGUGACUACCCUUAUAAUUUUCUUGAAAAUUUACACACCAGUGACCUAAUGUCCAAAAUAGUCGACGACAUGGCUCGGACUCAAAAUGUACCUACAACUUCUUACGCUUUUCCUCCAUUGAAUGAAACACCACAAUCAUUCCCGUUACCGAAAUUCAAGCGUCGCCUCGGGAAUGAUGAAGUAUCGCAGAUUUAUUCAACGAUGACUGAGACAAAUUCCAUUGAUCUUAGGGACCUUUCAGUCCCGUUUAUCGUACCUCCACCCCGACACCCAAGUUCUGGCUGUAUUCAGCUGGUCUUCAGUCCCAGAUCACGGACGCAGACGUUGAAAAAAUAGUUUCUCGAUGCCUGGAUUGAACCAUGCCGGUAGAUGUGAAACGAUUGCUUCCCGAAUGCGUAGACGGCUCCACUAGGAGACAAGUUUCAUUUAAGUUCUACGAACUGGCUUGAAUUCAUGAAUUCGUGGAUCAAACAAAAAACUACAAUCGACGGACUUUGACUCCUGUACCAUCAGUUCAAUGUUUUCGGUCGGUUGGAGAAGUGACUGCCCCGAACUUAUUGCUAAUUACGGACACGAUUCGAUCAGUUUCCUUGAGAUGGUCUCAUCUAGUGCCUUCGAGGAUCGUGGGAAUCAUUUGAAACCCACUGCAGCUGAUAACGUCGAAGAGACCCCAGUUCUCUUAAGAUUUUAAUGCGACGCUUCAACGGUUUUGGGAGAAUUAGCCACUAUUUUUUGGGUUUCUACAUUGAGACGCAACGCAUUAGGAAUUUGUGAGGCAAGUGUCGCGCAGCUUCCAGCCAGCCUCAUCAGUCGUCCCAGCUCUGAGUUCGACUGUGGCGAUGAGGUUCUCUUGCCUGCAUCUCCAGGCAAGUAUUCAUUGGGUUGAUAACAUUUUCCUUGUGUGAUAAUGUUUCACCUAGCCAGAGACCCUGCAUGCGCUAUCAACAUGCCUUGCCCAAUACUUUGCUUGCCUCUACUUGGGUUUCAAGUUUCAACACCAGGACGCAUCUACUGGAGCCUUUUGGAGACCUCGGAGCCCUUUGACUCGCGCUAUUCGUUGGAGGUGACGGGGUUCUCUAGGCUCUUGUACAGGCAAGUGCCAGCUUUUGUCAAGAACUUGCCAUUCGCGUUCCUGUUUCUGUUCCAGCACUAAUGCAUCCCGCUAAAUCUACCGAACCUAGUUAAUCCUUCGACUUCUUCUGGGCCUCCAGUACCGGGACGAAACGAACAAGGUACUAAGGACAUCUCUGCGCUCUUCGACUCAGUUGCGCUGUUUUCUUCCAGCGCACAAUGGUCCGAAAAGGCUAUUAGCGAAAGUUUUUUCAUAGCGCUUCUGUCUUUCAUCUUAUCCCUUAAGUGUCUUCAGAUAAUUUUAUUCUCGAAACAUGCUUUGAAUUUGAAAGCAUCAAAAGUCAAGUCAAAAUCCACUGUAAAAAAAAUUGAAAAUUCUAACUUUUUAAUUUCAAUAGAUAGAGCUUUACUUUUCACUACAAAGUUAUAGAAUACGUGAAAAUAUGAAACUUUGUUGAAUACAUCAAAACUCUAUCUCUUAUCAAAGCAGAGUUAUAGAAGUUUUAUUUUGAAAGUUGGUUUUUUAAACUUAACUUUAGUUAGAUGAGGAUAAUAGAACUGGGGCAGGGGUGUUCGGACCUAGACUCAGGAUCUCAAUUCCUAUGGGAAACUGGCCAACAGUAUUCCAAGCAGAAGUUCAAGCAAUUCUAGAAGGCACUUUAGCCUGUUUGAAAAGAGGAUACAGGUACACAAGUAUCUAUAUAUUUUCUGACAGCCAGGCCGCUCUCCGAGCACUAGGUACGUUCACAUGUUACUCCAAGCUAGUAUGGGAGUGUAUUGUUGCACUAAGAAACCUGGCCAUAAGGAACUGAGUAUCUUUAUUCUGGGUACCAGGCCACUGCGGUAUCCUAGGGAAUGAAGAAGCAGACCAACUAGCUAGGGAAUGAUCUCAGGGACUGUAGAUUGGACCUGAACCUUUCUGCGGAGUAUCUGAGAGUACCUUGACUAUGGAGCUCAAGAACUGGGAAAGCACCACUAUUGUAUCCAACUGGAAAACUUAACUUAACUUAAGUAAGCUCGAGAUAAGUGCCUUACCAAGGUAUCUUGAACGGACAUUAUCCAGCAAAACAGCAUAUCAAAAGUUCAAAACGAUGACUGUCAGUUCUGCAGGUUUAAAAAAGGAAAUGCAGAGCAUCUAUUACGAAACUGAUGUGCUUUUCUUAAUCGAAGAGAGCGAAUACUUGGGGCAAAAUGGAUAAGCGCACAAGACAUCUGAUUGCACAUCAGUCCUAAGAAGGUUAUAUCGUACAUCUUUUAUAUCAUAAAACCCUCCCCCCCCCCCCCCCUCAGUCUUCUUAAUGGCAUUGGCACGCUUGAUUUUCCGGUCCAAAUUUUUACCCACUGGACUCAGUUUUUACCGAGAGAUUUUUUUCUCGAAGCUGCUUUCUUCUCCAUACUUCCAAAACGCAUCUCGAACCGUUUCAAUGCUUACUUCGAUCAAACUACAACUUCCAAAAGGACUUCUAAACACGCAUUACGCAGAUUUACCCAAAAAAUGCAAUGUUUAAAACGAUUCACCGAUAGCUAUUUUAUCAUUAGAUUGUACAUAAAACCUAGUUGGUCCCUUUACGAUGCGUUUUUCAAGACACGAAUGGGUGCUGUAAGACGACUCAUUGUAUACUCAUGUAGUGAAGGUGUUUCACUUUGAAUCUGCAGAGACAAAAUUCAAUCUCGAGUUUUCAUCCCAUUUAACUAGAUUUUCAGGGAGUAUAAAAAACAACAUCAUUGAUAUAUUCCAUUUCACCUGUACUACCGAAUGCUCGACCUUUGGGUUCAACCUCAUCCUCAAGAUUCUGCACGAAUACUUCGACAUUCUUCACAACUUCAGGCAGGAGGUGUUUCUCGAUUGGGAGCAGUUAAGGAGUAUUUGUGGUAUGACUCUUUCGGCACAAAAUCUACUUCUUUUGCUUUGUAUCAAUCUACCACUUCCUAGGAGAAGUGGCAUGAUGUCGGUCGGAAUCGUGAGCCUCGAGAAGAGCGAGAAGAUGCUAUAAGAGCCACUCAGAUAAACUCUCCCAUUCAUAGUGCUAUCGACGAUGAACGAAGUUCUCCGAUUUCCGCACAUGCAAAUGACUUGCUGAAUCAGAAACAUUUGGACAAUUUAGAGAAUUUCUGCGUCUCGGGGUCCUCGGGAACAUAAAAAUUUUCUUGUUCAAGAUUCCAAAAAUAUGCCUUGAUGUACGUCUCAUCAUCCAUCAUGCAACAGUGUGGCUUGGUCAACUUAUGGCCGUACAGCUUCCGCGCAGAUCCUUCGGACUUUCCUGGAUAUUCCUACACCCACAAAUCUGACUCUACUCCAAAAAUGAUUUUCCUUGAAGGUGGAGUUAUCGGCGUAAGAUUCAAUGCCGGGCCGGCACUAGCAAGCUUUCUCAUCGCUGGCCAUUUAUUUAUUUUUUUUUAUUUUGAGGUAAAUUAUUCUUGUUUCGAUCGAAUGUAGUGGUCGUGCAUAGUUUUGCUUGGAAGCUCGAGUUUUUAGGCCAGUGGUGCUUUUCCAAUCAUAUCAUGUUUGGUACAGUACACUUUUAAUCGCAUUUUUUGCAUUGAGUCAGCGCUGAGCGUCAUUGGAAUUUUGUAGAUGCGCUUCUGAACAUAAGUCGAGCGUUCAACUCUGGCUAGAUUCAGUACACGAUUAUUUAGCCUAGCUUGAGUUAUUAUCGUGCGCGAUUUAUCUCCAGAGAAUUUCCUCUGUCUCGUUCUUGCCCUCUUCAGGUGGAGAUCCUUCAUCUUCUCGUUCAGCGCCAAAACGCUUCCUUUGAGUCGUUGGAACUGCUAAGUGAACCUUUCUUUUAACUCCCGAAGUAAGUUUUAUUCUUGUAGAAUGGUCCUAAGUAGUCGCAUAACACGUGCUAAAUGAGGUUCAACCAUAAAAUGUUGUACAAUACUGGGCUUAAAGGAAACAAUAUUUACGUAUGUGUUCUUUCUCGUGUGUCUCGUUCUUCAAACGAGUACUAUUUCAAACGACAGAACUGAGCAACAACUGUGAUCCACUAUGCACCAGCUAUGAUGUUUUUCGUAAAACGUAAUCUUUAUCGUGAUUUUUUGCUGGUAAAACUACUGGAUGCAAGUCCGUUAUCGGUCACAAGCUUUUAUUGAGAACUCCAAAAACCGUUCCUGAUGAUUUGUUCCUAUACCAUCAUGAGGGAGUGUUAGACUAGCCACUAGUCAGUGGGCAGGCGUCCCAGAGAUUCUCUAAAUAAUCCCUAGGGUCGGCAAGCUUCCAGAGGAAUAGUUAAACCCUCAGAAAUACUCACUGCAUAUGGUAAACUACGAUCUACGAACAAAAUCGUUGAGACCUCUUUCGAAAGACUAGCAACGCUUACAGGAGAUCUUUUGCGAACUGCUCCUUCUCCGACAAAGGACAUUAAAUGUUCCUGCUAUUUGUUGAAGAAUUGUAGCGCAUUCGACACCUCAAAGUUCCACUACAGUUAGACAAUUGUUUGUCUUCGAAGUCAAUAGAAUACUGUGUGCCCAAUGUGGUGAAGCUGAAACUGUUCUGCUGUUCAUAGCUGCUACCCAAGUUGUAAGGAUCUAGAGCAGUGGUUUUCAAAGUGGUCCCUACCGCCCCCUUGGGGGCGUUGAGAGCCUCCAGGGGGGCGGUGAGCUCAAUGUUGAAAUUUGGGGGGCGUUGGAAGGGCUCAGGGGGGCGGUGAAGUCGUAACUCACAUUUUCAGAAAUCACAAAAAAUGAAAUUACGAUGCAAAAAAUGAAAUUACGUUACAAAACUAUACAUCAGGUUGAAGACCUAAGUAUCUAUGAUUUCACAGAGCUGCAAGCAAAUUUAUGUUCCAGUAUCCCAUUAAUUAUUUUUAAAUGUAACUAAUAUAUAUUUUUUUAAUUAUCCCUGAUUAUGUUUACGCUCUUCAUGUUGAUCUUGUGUUUAAGAUACUAAAACAAGAAUAAUUUUAGAUGGCAAUGCUUGAUAAUCUUUAAACUGUAUUGUCUCAAAAAACCUGCUAAACAGAAAAUACCUUCGAAAAAAUCUGUAUAAAAAGGCGUCAUCUGUGGUUUAGUGAUAGAUUUUUUUUAAAAGAAAAUAUGUAAGAAUUAUUUAAGAUUAGAGAAUUUUUAUUUUAAGUUCUUAUUUGUUCAUAUCUGUUUCAAUCGAUUUAAAAAAUCAAUUGUGCCAUUCGCCAUCGAUAAACUUUGAAUCUGCUCGGUUACCACUCACAUUGCCUGGAUUUCGUUAUUAGAAUAUAAUUGAAGCUUUAACCCAGCUAACAUAAAAUCGUAAUAGAAAUGAUAAUCCAAAUCGAAUAUUAAGACAUUUUCAAUAACCAUCGUAAACAAGCUGGUAUUGAGUGAUUUUCUAUCAUUCAUUUACGAGAAGCUUUGCCCAAAAAAAGUUGAAUCGGAUAGCAGUUUAGUCAAUUCGUAAAUAUGUCUCCAAAAAGUUGAGAAUACGCUAAUUCGACAUUUACGAUUUGAGUAAACUGAUUUACGAUAAAUGGGCGGUCCUUCCUUCUUUCUCCCUUUGACCGGUUCGUGAACAGAAAAUCUCACAUAUAGAGCUAUGGCGCGAAUCUUUUCAACUAAUGAGUUGGCAUAGUGGUAAGAUACCGGACAGACAUCUCGGAGGCUGGAGUUCAAAUCUCGGUCCGGGAAAUAUUUUUUUUCGUUUUACUCAAUUACUUCAAAUCGUAUAUUCUGCAUUUUGUGGGGAAAUCGAAUCGUUAAAAUCUUUGUCAUUGUAGAUAUAUCGCCUCCACUUUUAUAGCUAUAUGCUAUUUUGGUAAGUUUAAUACAAUCUUUUCAUCUGGUAUAUUCGUUUGAUUAAUUCUGUUGUUCCUGCGAUAUACCCUCUUAAAUGUUUGCUGGGAAGACCCGUAAAUGCUGCAUAACUAUUAACAGGAUUCAAAUUCAGAUUAAGAUCAAGAAGUAAUACUAUUCUUACGUUAUUUUACCUUCUCAGUAUUUAAUUUGUAUUCAAGAAUGCAAUUUAGUCUUCAACAUUAAUGCAAAUUAAUGGUAAAUAGAAAAUUUUAUUUACCAAAAUUUAAGAAAGGUAUAUGAUUUGAUAUCAAAACAAACUAAUAAAUCAGUUUAAGUAAGUGUCCUGGAAUCUUUACAUAGAAUUAAGUUUUUACUGGAGGUUUGAAGCAAUAUGAGGCCUUUGGAGCCAAAAGGGUAUAAGUGCAUAAAAGUUUAUUUAAAAAAAAACACACUUUAAAGUUGUUAUAUUUGGUCAUUUUCCAUAUAUUUUUUUCAAAAAAUUGCAUUAUUCUUUCGAACAAAAUGUAAAUGAUAUUCUCAAAAUAUGAAGAAAUAUAGUUUGAAAUAUAAAAACUCGUUUGACAUUAUUAAAUCAAAAUCGACCAUUUUUACACUUAUAAUACCCCCUAUUCCUUUGGUUCUGAGGGCCUCACAUAAAUUUGAAUGAGUUUUGAGUUAAACCUUACAACAACAUCAAGCCAAAAGCCAAGCCAAAAUGGUUGUUCAACGAUCCAGAUUUUAAUUUUUUUUAAAUAGAUUUACUGAAAAUUGGCCCUGGGGGGCGUUGAGCUCAAAAAAUUUGCAAAAGGGGGCGGUGAGUGAAAAAAGUUUGAAAACCACUGAUCUAGAGCAAGCUGUUGCAAAAUGUUGCACUUCUAUAAAGCCGCUCUGCAGUAACAUGUCUGACAUACGCCACCGUUAUAAAUUCAUUUUUGAGGUUUGGACAAAAAGAAUUCAUUAAGAUACCUUUUGGCCCACGAAAUAAUCCAGCUACGUUCCAACGAUUCAUGAAAAAGGGUCGAACGCCUCAGUAAACAAAAGUAUGACUAUCCAAAGUGUGUUCGGAAGGGUUUAUAUUUUUUGGGACGUUUUUUUUAUGGUAACUUAAGCUCGUAGAGAAUGCUAGCAAUGCGUCAAAUUUUGAGACAAAUCUCCUGUGAAGAUUUUUUCAUGAUUCGUUGGAAUCCAGCUGGGAUAUUUCAUAUGCCAACAGGUAUCUUUAUAAAUUCUUUUCGACAAUUAACUGGCACAUAAAGGAACAGUUUUUGAGUCUAUCCAUAGAAACGAGAAGGGUGCAUAUAUUCAACUUUCGAAAAAAUAAACAGGUCAACAGACACAAAAUGCAAAACUUUUUGACGCUAGGGUAAUAUUUUUACAGAGCGAAUAGAUUCAACAGGGUGAACUCAUCUUCAUGCAUCUAAACCCAAUAUUUGAUCAUCUCGAAGGGGUUGUGAGAAAAGUAAACAAAAUUGCUUUGGAAGAUCAUCAACUAUCUGAACUCAUUUUCUGUUGUCCGUUGACUCUCAUACACAUUUAACGAAGUUUUCACUUUUGAAAUUUCGACUUCAGUUGAGUACUGAGGUCGAAAGUUUUGUUGUGGAAUAAAUCUGGUGUUGCAAGAUGUUUUUAAUAUCAUUAUUUACAAAAUCCGAUUCAUCAACGAAAAAAGUAACAAAGCACCACUUCAUCAAAUUGCCUGCUCGUGUAAAUAGAAACAACAUAAAAAUAAUUAAAAAUUAUCAGCAAUUUUAAAUCAAUUAAUCCACUACCAAAAAAACAGAAAGCUAAACCCUUUCCAUUGAGAUUCAAUCCAAUUUUUGACCUAAGUAGAACUGAAUCGCGUAGAUCGAUAGUAAACAGAGAGUAAACAGUUUUCCUUUUUUUCUAUCAAACGAGAGGUAACAAGAAUGAAAUACAUACCUACAUACAUACAUCCAAUACCAAGUGGUCCAAAGUAGUAGAACUUCGUUGAAACUUUAGAAAUUCAGAGUACCAUUUAAUACCGAAUAGUAAGAAUACACACUCAAAUUUUCAGAGAAAAAGUUGAAUAACACUAUUAUCAAUCGAGAGAUUUUUGAUGUGCAUGAACACAUUCUAUCAGAUCAGAUUUCUAUCACUGUUGAAUCGAGAAAGAAAAAUAAAGAAAAACGUGAUAUCCUCCACACUGACCAGAAAAGGGGUGGUCCUAGAUUUCUAUUACAAGUAAGGUUAGAUGUGAACUCGAAUCGAAAACAAAUUUAUUUUCAGACAAACCUAAUGGAAAAAAAGAAAUUUAAAAAAACGAAGAAUCUUUAAUGUUAAUCCAGUUUCCUAGAGAAGGAGAGAGUGUUUGUUAUUCAGAUACUUUUUAUAACACAAAUUUCUUAGCACAAACGUCAAAAAAAAACUAUAUUUUACUUGAGAUACUUCGAAGAAGUUUGUUAAACCGUUACUUGAGUGGCAUGGCACAAACAAAUUGAUUCCGUUACCUAAAAUCGUAAGCUGCUUUUUCGAUAAAUUUGUCCACUCGAAGCUCCUACACAAUUUAUUACACACACUGUUUGAGUCUUACCGAUUUUAUAUCCAUUUUUUGAUCCAAGUUUUGCUACU